CGUCCUCGAACACCUUAAAAGCUCCCACAAUGCACCGCGGUCCUCCACAUCCGGAUCUGGUCCUGAGAGUGUCAAACCCAAGAUGGCUCUUCAUCGUUUGUUCCAGCUGUCCUCCCUGCUGCGCUCCGCAGUCAGCCUGACCCUGCGCAGGAACAUGGGGCUCUCUGCAGUCCUCUUCAACAAGGCCAAAGACCUGGACCCCAUCCAGAAACUGUUCCUGGACAAGAUCCGGGACUACAAAACUAAGAGCCAGUCCUCAGGUGGCAUUGUGGAUGCAGGGCCAGCUUACCAGAAGAACGUUUCUGAAGAGGUAGUCAAACUGCAGAGGCUCUAUGGCGGAGGAGACCUCGUCAAGUUCCCUGAUAUCAAAUUCACAGAGCCCAAGCUUGACGAAACGGCCAAGUGAAUGCUGUCCAUGUUGUAAAUCUCCUACAUGUCACAAAUAUGUUGUAUUUAAUAAAAAGAUGAUGGAUUGAACCAUGAUAUACUGGUUGCCAAUUAAAGUGAUUUAAUGAGAUUUUGAAUACUUCUAUUGCUUCCGAACAACUCUCGACAUGGCCGAUGGCUGAGUUAUCUGUACUCGGUUAACUCAGCCAUCGACAGUGCUUAAAACAGCAGAAGUGCUGACAGAGCAAACAUUGUUUACCUGAGGGCCAACCGUAGUGUUCAUGCUUCGCGACCACGACUGUGUUGUCAGUAGUAACUGUUGUAUGAGAGCAGUGUAGGGCGGAGGUCGGAAUUUAGCCAGUUGGGCACUCUCGCAUGCAGGAAAAUGCAAUAAGACAAGUCAAGGUGAGGCUCGGAUAACACAUUACUACACUAUGUCUUUAAAUAGCAAGUUGUUUGUUGCUAUAUUAAUGCUCCAAAUCCCGUAUAUUGUACCUUUUUUAAGCUGCCCCUGAUGGUUGCCACAUACUGUCACUGUUAUUUUAGGUAGGGUUGUACAGUCGAUCAAGUAUUAAAAUGCUGUCUAUA